CCUCAGUAAUUUUGAUGACCACAGUAUUGCUUAGCGAAAAAAGGGACCUUUAAAGUGAACAUGUUUAAUAUGUGUUUUUUUUCUCAAAAUAUUUAUAUUCAAAUUUUGGAAUACACUUAACAAUUAAAACUUAAAAUGUAAUGUUGUUUAUCACAGUUAGUAUCUGGGACAAUAUAUAUUUUUAAAAAUAUCCUUAGAGCAAUGCUUCAAAAUCUAGUAGAAAAUCUUUUUAACACAGUAGAGACAGUUACGCUAUAAAAAAUGAGGAUAAACUGUAAUACAAAUCCUCUGGAGCUGGAUUACUUCAUCAAACUCAACAAUGUAGUUUAUUAUUAUUAUUAUUACUAUUAUUAUUAUUAUUUUUAUUAUUAUUAUUAAAAUUGUCACAAAAGCCUCACAUCGGAACAAGUAACGAGACAAGUUAUAAAAAAAAUGUAUUUAUUUUAUUACCAUUUGAUGAAUGAAUCAAAAUCUAAAAUGAGCAGGUGUCCCAAUACUUGUCCCAAUUUGUUCAUGUUGUGUAUAUAUACUUACACAUACAUAUAUACUUAGAGUUUUAAUGCACCAAAAAAAAGCUACAAGAUCCAUCAUUUGCAGAAUGGCCUUCUCUGUGACAUUCACACUGUGGAUGCCUAGUCGGGACAUCUGAAUGAGAAAAAUUAGCCCCUAGAGGGCUGGCAGGAAUGGGCUACGUCAGCUUACACUUGUUCUUUUUUUAAGUAAUGGCCAUCACACACAAUCAUCUAAAUAACACAAAAUCUGAAUGAUACUGUUUUUUUUACAAUGCCCAAAAACAUAGCAUUAUAGCAUUAUAGACUGUGAGAUUUGAUAACGCUAAUGCUGGUGUUGUUUAAAGAUUUUACAGAGAAUGGUCUCUUCUAUCACCUGAAAGGAGAAUGGUUCAUCCCACUAUUCAGCCUGCCUACCCUGAAUGAGUCAUCCUGCCUGCCUCUGAUUGGCCAGCCAGGUUGCAUCCCGAGGGAUUUUGCCUUGCAGAAGGAGCGGAGGCCUGCCUCCAUUCACAGAAUCGAGGCCGCGCUCGCCCGCUGCCCCAUUCACAGCCGGGCUCGGUCCGAUUUGGCUUCAGCAUCCUUUACUCCAGCCUGAAUCCUGCCUCCUCUCCAUCCAGCAGCGUUGCAUCAGGGAGGGGGGAGCUCAUCCCUGCUUUUGUCUUUUUAAUCAUUUCUUUUUAUCCCUGUUGUCUGCGGAGAACUGGAACGCGCUGCCUCUCUCGCUCUCUCUCUCUCUUUCUCAAAUUUUCUCCAUCUUUCCUGCUCUCUGUGUGUCUCUAUUCUAUCCUCUAUCACUCUCUCUCCCACAGCCUCUCACAGCCUCUUACUCUCUCAUUCUCUCUAUCUCUCUCUCUCGCUCGCUCUCUCUCUCUUUCUCUGUGCUUUCUUUUUCUUUUUUUUGAUUUGCAGGCAGGCAGGAAGGCAAGCCAUUGGGAGGGACUGCAGUGCGAAUGCUGCAGCGGCGCGAGCGUGCGCGAGAGAGAGAGAGCAGAAGAGGAAGCUUAUGAAUGACUGACGGUCUCCUGGUGCACACUCCUGUGGACAUUUUUACAUGAAUGGCUUUUUUUUUUUCUCCCGGACUUUAACGCCGUGGCUUUCGCGCUGCUCGCUGCUUCUUAAUGAGAGCGAGAGAGAUCAGACUGUCUGAUUUGUCAUGCUAUUCAUUCAUUGAGACACGGACGGAUUGUGAUUACGUUUUAGUCUGAACACUGCUCAGCAUCGUGCUUUUUGGUAUGGUGACUAAUUAUUUAGGAGGAUAUAUAAUAUAUACCACAAAAGAUCAGCCUUUCUUUAUUUUGCCUUCUGCGGUAUUGUAAGAGCAUUGUAGGGCUGUUUUCUUUUCUGCUGUAUUUCAGUAUGUAGGGACGAAAGCACAUGACGUUGAACUGUUGAACAAAGAAAUGUCUUCUGCUUUAGGUAGCGAUUCUGAGAAUUAUUCAGAUCCUGGUUGGUCACCAUGGAGAGCACAGUGGUAUAAGCGCAGUUCAGAAUGAGGCAGAGCAGCGUGGUUGUGGUUGAGGCUGUUUGUGUAUUAAUUUUUGAAUUAAGAAUGCUGGAGUCUUUAAUCUGAAGCUGAAUCCUCAGAGUCUGGCUUUUUCUGACUGGUUUCUGUUUGGUUUUUAUCAAUGAGAGAUUCCAUACUGUCUUCUUUGGUUGGUAGACAGCACAGAGUCAGUGAGCUUUGCUUGGUCUUUCUGUCGUUUUUCUAAAAAAUAAGUCGUCAUCAUGCAGAGCAGAACAACUUUGAUUCGUUUGAUUCGUGAAUGUAGAAACAGACAUCUUAGCUCCGGUACCAUUACUACAAUAUCACUUAAUGUCAUAAUUUGAGGCACGCAGGCUUUUUCUUGUGGUUAUGUUCUUUUCUGCACAUUAGUUAUAAUGUUGCAUUAUUUUCAUUCAUGUAUGGUUUUGUGUUCCUGUUCUAUCUGGCUUCUUAAUUUUAAUUUCUGACCCGUUGUUUUGGAGGAGACUUUAGGUCUAUGUUGGUUUUGAUAUGAAAUGAAAAGAAAGCCAACAAGUAAAGCAAGGGCACAGUGUUUUACCUGUCGUUCACCGUUGGGUGGUAAAUGUUGAUGGCCUUUUUUAAUUCUGCAUGUCUGUAUCUUUUGGAGUGAAUUAAACGCUGAAGCAUUCCUGCGGAUGACAGAAUAUCGUUGAGAGGAAAUUUGAGAAUUGAUAGGUUCUAGAGUGCUGUAAGUGGGAGGCUUUUUUAUUUUUUUCUGCAACAGGAAGUGAUCUGCGGUGUUGAGUGAGUCUUUUGUUGAGAAGGUUCCUCUCUCUCUCUCUCUCUCCCUCUCUCUAUCUCCCCUCUCUCACUGCGAGUGAGUCAUGCGUGUGCACAGAUCCGCCAGGCUGCGGGGAGAGAGGGAGACAUCUCCUUCAUAAAGCUCUUCUUUUCUCUUCUAUCGCUGGACCUCCAUCGCUGAAGAGGAGCAUCUCCCCGAUUCCCACCUCCCAGACUCUUGUCAUUUUCUGUCUCCCCAUCUACCGUCUCGUCUCUAGGCCUCCAUGGAUUGCGUGCACCAUGGUGUUGUAUUUUUGGCCCCUGAGGUGGCGUGGUUUGUAGGAUUUUCAUAGCGUUUGUUCUCCUUAGCAGCAACAGCAGCAGCAACAGCAGCAGCAACGGCAGGCGGCUUCUGUAGUCACCAAACCACUCCAACCACAGGUGCCUGCAGAUCAGUAGCUGCAGACUUGAAAAGGAAGGCAACCAGGGGGAAGCGAUCGCUUCAGUACAGCUCCGUCCGUCUGCCGUAGGGGCCCCAGCAUGCUGGAGGAGUGGACAGUGGUCAGCUUGGCGUCGGUUCUGCCCGUGCGUACGUAAGUAGGCAGGCAGGCAGAGGGGCAUGCUUCACCGCACCAAAUACAACCGCUUCAGGAAUGAGUCGGUGACGUCCGUCGACGAGCUGCUCCACGGCCUCUCCAUGAACGCCACCAAGGUGUCGGCUUCUCCCCCGCCGCCACCCACCGGCCACCAGCCACCCCCCUACGCGCCGCCGGCCGAGGUGCUGCCCCCCGAGUCGUCGGCGCCAGCGGUUGAGGAUUCGGGCACCACCCUCUGCACCCUCAUCAACAAGGUCUCCGGUCUGAAGUUCGCCAACUCUGGCGGAGGCCUGCUGGGCAUCAAGGGCCUCCCGUCCGCCGUCAAGGACCUGGCCGUGUCCAAGCUCCAGGGGGGCGGGGGAGGAGGGGGUGGGGGUGGCUCCGGUAGCCCGGGAUCAUCCAGCCUCGUCUCGGCGGCCACUGGGGGCAGCUCGUGCGCUUCCGCCGUCUCUGGACAGCAGGAGCUAGGCUCCAUGAGCACCACCGGGAAGAAGGGCAGGAUGGAGGAGACUCAGCCCGGAGGGGGGGAGGACUGGAACCUGGGCGGUGUGGGAGGCAUGGGUGCCACCAGCGGUGGAGGAUGCGCGGGUCUGGUGAAUAAGCCCUCUCGAGGAUGGCUGCACUCCAGUGAAAAGAUAUCCGGACCCGGAGUGACGUACGUUGUGAAGUAUUUGGGCUGCAUAGAAGUUCUUCGGUCCAUGAGAUCUCUGGACUUCACCACAAGAUCCCAAAUAACAAGAGAGGCCAUCAGUCUGGUGUGUGAGGCAGUUCCAGGUGCCAAAGGAGCGCUGCGCAAAAGAAAGCCCCCCUCUAAAGCUCUAUCUAGUAUUUUAGGGAAGAGUAACCUGCAGUUUGCUGGCAUGAGCAUCAACCUCAACAUCUCCAUCAGCAGUUUAAACCUAAUGACCCCUGACUCCAAACAGAUAAUAGCCAAUCACCAUAUGCAGUCGAUAUCCUUCGCUUCCGGUGGAGAUCCGGACACGACGGAUUACGUUGCGUACGUAGCGAAAGAUCCGGUUAACAGGAGAGCGUGCCACAUUCUGGAGUGUUCUGAUGGUUUGGCUCAGGAUGUGAUCAGUACCAUAGGGCAGGCCUUUGACCUGCGCUUCCAACAGUACCUUCAGUGUCCCUCCAGCAAGCUCUCCGCUAUACACGACAGGGUACUGAGCGUUGAAGAACCUUCAUGGACUGAAGAAGGGGAGGAGCCUCCAGACCAUCCGUAUUAUAACAACAUCCCCGGCAAGAUGCCCCCACCUGGUGGCUUUAUUGAUGCAAGACUAACCAAUCAGACGGCAGACAGCAGCCAGGGGGUCGGAGUAGACCAGACAUACUAUCAGGGCAGAACUAUACUCAUUCAGCAAGCAUCAUGUGACAUAUACAGUCUGCCUGAGGUCAAAGGUCAGACCUGUAAGCCAGGAGAGGUUCCCACGUACGUGAACACGCAGCACAUCGAUACGCAGGUUCUGGCGGCUCUGCAGGGGGAAGCAGACGCAGCGUCUGAGACCAGCGUGUCUUCUGUGGCCAAAGACAGCCCCAGGAAAGACCUCUUCGACAUGAAACCGUUCGAAGAUGCAAUCCUGACGCAGUCUCCGUCAGCUCCAGCGUCGGGGCUGCACAAGGCGGCUUCAGUGGAUAACUCCAGCCCCCUGCUGGUUCGCUCGGCAGCCUUACGGGCCCUGGAGGAACUGGAGGGCCAGGCCUGGUACCACGGCGAGAUGAGCCGCCGCCAGGCCGAGAAACUGCUGCUUAAUGACGGGGACUUCCUGGUGCGGAAAAGCACCACCAACCCGGGCUCAUAUGUGCUGACGGGGAUGCACAACGGACUGGCCAAGCACCUGCUGCUGGUGGAUCCAGAGGGAACGGUACGGACUAAAGAUCACAUAUUCGAGAGCAUCAGCCACCUGAUUGGUCAUCACCGUGACAACAACCUGCCGAUCGUCUCGGCGGGGAGUGAACUGUGCUUGAAGCAGCCGGUGGAAAGAAAGCAGCAGCAGUGACGGCCUCCUCCAAACCCGCACCAUGGGGAACAGGGUCACCCCAAAAAGCCCAGAAACCUGAUACUUGAAGAUGAGUAACGAGAGCGUGGUGGACGACGAAGACGAAGAUUGUGGACAGUCACGAGAAGACCAGAGCGGAGAGGUGGAGGGGUCCAGCGUUCCUGUGACAGCGGGCGAGUUCUGGUCCGUCCUCGUCUGAUCACUUCUUCGGGACUAUGUGAGAAAGAUCUGUGGAUGGAUAGAUAAGAAGAUGACACCUGAUUUAUAGAACUGUUCUACUUAUUUUGCUGUGAUGACUGAAAUUCUAUAUUUUUUGAGAAGACAUAGGUGCAUUUGGACAUAUAUGUUUGAUUUGGUGUUUUAAACUUAAAAAGGCAAAUGUAGUUUAGACGACAAGCGAAUCAACCUCCAGGAGGGAUAAGAUUUAAAAAAAAAAGUAUUUUAGAAUAAUUAAAAAAGUAAAAAGUUUUAGUUUUGUCUAUCAAGCACAACCGGAUUUACACGUUCGUUGGUAAGAGUUAGAUGAGAAACAAAUAUUUGAGAAAAAAAGUUGUUUAUAUUGAACUAUUUUAGGAAUCGUUCUUUAAGCGUAACCGCAGCUAGUGCGACAGUCAGACGGACAGACAGACAGACAGACAGACAGGUUACGUGAUUUGAUGAGAUUUGAGGUUUGAGGCGUCUAUCAAAUCACUGAUGGGUCUGCUGCUUUUAUGGAGGAAGAUAUCAAUGUGUUUGCUUUAACAGUAGUCUCUCUCUCUCUCUCUUUCUCUCUCUCUAUCUAUCUCACUGUCUCUCUCUCUCUCUCUCUAAAACACACACACACACACACUUAGACACACACAAACACUCACACACACAAACCUACAGAAAAACACACACUGCUUUAAAGUACUGACACUUUUCUAUGAUGUUGAAUAUGUGGCACCGCACUCGCAUGAUUUGAAAAACUUGUUCUUGUGGUCAUCGUCGGUAGCCCUCAAGGCCUUAUGAGAGGUGCUUGUGUAUGCUCACAAUGUAAAAUAUUUAUGCUUUUCCGAAUAUUUAUUGAAUUUGGUUCCUUUAAACUUGUAAAAGGUGUGUAGUUAAUAUGUUCAGGGCUUAUUUUAUACCAUGGAUGUUUCUAUCAUUUAUGGCUUUCAUGGCUUGAUUGUGGGCUUUAAAACACACAAAUACAUUGAUUAUUAUUAUUAUUAUUAUUAUUAUUAUUAUUAUUAUUAUUAUUAUUAUUAUUUCAAAUGAAACUUUAAGUGGAUAGAUAGCACAACCAACACUGAAGCCCAGAUUUACUAAGGUAAUUAGUGCAUUAAAUCAUUACAUUUAUUCAAAUUAUUCAAUAAGCAAACAUCUCGAAAUAACAGAUUUGAUGCAGUGAUUUAAUCACAGUGACUGAAUGACUGUAUAGAAGCAUGGACACUAUUUACAUUAUCUAUAGUCUAUGGUUCAAUUCAUUCCUGUUCUAUGAAGCAUAAAUGAAGCUCUGUUUGUCAUAUUUGCAACCAGAGUCUUCUUAUUUGCUUGUCUACAAGUGUAUUUACCGUAAUUACCGUAAUUUUCCACUAUAAGUUGCACCAGAUUAUAAGACGCAUUAUCAAUAAACGUCUAUUUUCUGGUCUAUUUUCAUACAAAAGGAGCACCGGAUUAUAAGACUUUUUAAGAGACACUAUAAGGAACUUCUAGUUCAGCAGGUCUUGCCAGUGUGUGGUGGUGGGGAGGUAGCUAACUUAGUUAAGUAAAGCUAAACUAAGUAAACAAAACUGUAAUAAAAGCCCUAUCUGGACAGGAUUAGUUUCUCAGGAGGUUCUGGGGUAAUUUUCUCUUUUAUGGUUUUUUUUAUCCUCUGUGAUUUUAUUCCCGUCCAGAACGAUCAUGUAUGUGUUUUUCUCAGACGUCCUCUGAGAAAAUUACAAGAUGAAUUAUCUACUGUUUUAGUCCCGUCCGGACGCAGAUCUCUGAUUUUCGUCUCCUGAAUUUCGUCCUCCUAGCUAUUUGUCCACUGCCGCGCACCGUAAUUACACUUUGGGAAUAUGUUUCCACGGAGAUCCACGUACUGUAAACACAACAACGAGUGGAAAUAGAGGAGCUACUGAACGCUACUGAUGUCAUGUGACUCAGAAAAAGCCUAAAAACUCACUGAUCCGGAUGCAGGAGUUUUAUCUCUCCUUUAUAGUAGAAGCGUGAAAUGUUUGUCACAGACGUCCCCCUGAGAAAGUAAUCCCGUCUGGAUAGGACUAACAAAAAGAAAGUCAUUCUUUUAAAAGGUCAAACGAGUUCUAGAUGUUAAUCUACACAGAUUUAUCUCCUGAAAUUCGUUUAUUUGGGUGAGUAAAGCACUUCCAUUUAUUUACAGUAAGCUUAGAUUCCUCAAAUUCCUCCAGCACUAAGGCUGGAGCAUUAGCAUUAGCGGCUAACCGCUAGCCUUCUUUCUGGAGAACUCACUCCUGAAACUCCUGUAUAACUCUGUACUUCAGCAGAGAGUGGCUUUACUUCUCCUUAAUAUCUGAAUUGUAGAAUUUAUAUAUAAGGAGCACCAGAUUUUUAAAGUGCUGUUUUUAUAGUGCGCACAGCGUACUCUUAACCGGAAACAACUGUCUACCUGGAGGACUGCAUCGGGCACUAGGGAGUUGACACAGCAAUACAGUAUAUAUUAUAUAUUUUAGGGGCAAUUAAUAAUAUCCAUGCAGACACAUGGAGAAUAUGGAAACUCCACACAGAUAGGGACUUGAACCCAAGACCCCAGCGCUUGCCAGAUGUUGAGCUGUCCAUGCUUAUAUCCAGUCAUUAUUGCUGUAAUAAAUUAAUAUUAUACUAUACUAUAAAUACUAAUUUGAAGAACAUGAACACUAAAGACUUUACUGAAUCCGGUGCUUAGAUCAGAUCGGCGUAUUGGUGUAUGCGGAAGAGAGGAUGCUCUCGCCAGUAUGUUUUUUGUUUUUUAAUUAUGCACAGUGCCAACAAUGGAUUAGAGAAGUUUAUGAGUUUUUUAGAGGUGAGAAAGCUAGGUCCGGAAAGCGCCCAGGCAGCCGGUACGAAACCCUGGGAUGGAUUUUUACUUUCCGGACCUGGGUUAUCCACCUCUAGAGUUGUCAUAGUGUGCGUCCUCAUGUUUAAGGGAGAUUUAAUCACAUUCUACUUGACUUUAAGCCUUUUUAAAGUAAAAAUCUUACGUCACAAAAGUGCACCUGCUAGUUCUGACUUUUCUUAAGAGAACGACAGUCUGAGAAUGUUCCUCAGCCUUCACUGUAAAACCCAGAAAAACAUAUGAAAAUAUGAAACUAAUCAUUUACCUAUGCAAUUACACGUAGACACAAUUAAAUAUAAGAAUAUUUAUAUAUAUAUAUAAGAAUAUAUAGAAUUAGCAACCUUAUAUACAUAACCAUGGAAAAGCAUAUAUUAAUUUGUUUAUGAUUAUAUCAGUUUGCAUUAAAACUGUAGGUUAGUAAUGGUACUUGCAUAGGAAAAAUGGUUAUUUUCAUAUAAGCUGGAAAGUAGAUUUAAAAAAAACAAAAACAAAAAAGAGAGAUUGUUCUUAUUUCUUUGGUUCUUACUUAAGUACCUAUUGAAUAUUGUGAUCAUUUCUGAAUCACACACUGGACACUUAAUAUUGAUGUAUUGAUAUAUUUUUCACAUAAAAAAAACAAAACAAGGCAAAACACCGGUAGCAAAGACUGAGAGAACUUGAGCUUUACAUUAUGAAUGAGUGGUUUGGGCUCUACAGAGAAUGGUUUAAAAAAAAUAAAAAAAUAAGAAAUAAAUAAGAAUGAUCUGUUUUCACACAUUUGAAUGAUAAACUGGCCUCAAUGCCUCGAUGUCGGCCUCUAUAUGCUCUAUUUAUUGCUGUAGUUUUCUUUAUUCUUUCCUCACUAAGACUCUUUAAGUAGAUAUUACAGUCCCUACUGCAUUUAAAAAUCACAGAAUUAAUGGGUAUUUCUAGUACAGAAAGUUUUUUGGACAUUUUUAAAUAUUAGAAAUUAAAGAAAUGCAAGGUCCCAUUUAAACGUAUCUGGAUAUUUUGAAACAAAUAUAUAAAAAAUAUAUAAAAAUAUAAAAUUGCAUUGCUUGCAUGAGCAAGCUAGCUCUCUCUUUUUAUGAGUCGAUAGUACCUCAUAAAGUCUGAUCCUUUAUUCACACAGCAGGUAAGGCGGCUAAAAUCUGAUACUUUCUAGUGACUAACUGCAUAUUGUCGCUGUCCAAUGAAAAACAAGUAUCUCAAAGUGCACAUGACUUGGCCACACCCAUUUCUUUGGUUUGCAUUCCUUUGUUUUCUUUAAGCUUCAUUUUUGAGCUUUUUAUUUUCACGUCCAUAGCCACGUCCUCUAUGUGUGAUUAAUUAAAUUAGAAACUUCUUUUUAAAACUAAAAAUGGUUACGAUGUAUGCUUUUUUAAUUUAGUUUAAACAGAUAUAUCACCCCUAUACUCUAAUACCCUACCCUAAAUUAAACUACAGACAAUAUUUCUCCCAAAUUCCAAAAACAAAUAUUGACAUUUCGAGCAUUUAUUUGCAGAAAAUAAUGAGAAAUGUCUGAAAUAACAAAUAAAAAGGAUGCAGAGCUUUCAGACCUCAAAUAAUGCAAAGAAAACAGGUUCAUAAUCAUAAAGUAAGACUUUUAAGAGCACAGAAAUCAAUAUUUGGUGGAAUAAUCCUGGUUAGUUUUUAAUCACAGUUUUUUUUUUCAUGCAUCUUGGCAUCAUGUUCUCCUCCACCAGUCUUACACACUGCUUUUGGAUAACUUUAUGCUGCUUUACUCCUGGUGCAACAAUUCAAGCAGUUCAGUUUGGUGGUUUGAUGGUUUGUGAUCAUCCAUCUUCCUCUUGAUUAUAUUCCAGAGGUUUUUGAAUUUGGUAAAAUCAAAGAAACUCAUCAUUUUUAGCAGUUUAACAUAUAAAAGUUGCCUGAAUUGCUGGUUUUGCCAUUCUCCACAUCACACAGAUAACAUUUAACAUCUUAAAUUUGUCAGGUAUGAUUAAAAAAGAUUGGAUUUGGCCCAAUUUUACCUGCUGUGUGUGAAUAUAGCCUUAGGUUAUUUUUAUUUCCAACCAGCUGAAUCAGAAAGAUAUGUAUUUUUACUGUAUAUGUGAUAUAGUACACAGUAUUACAUAUUUAUAACAUAAUUAUAGGACUUAACUACAGCUCUACAUAUAUCUUUAAAUCAAUUUAUUAAUUAAGUAGAGUAAAAUUACAGCAACCUUAGAUUUUUUUUAUUUUAAUUUUAAUUUUUAGAAUUGCCCUCCAUAGAAGUCCUUUCUCCUUUAGUUAAAGAGUUGAGUAGUUGGUUAUAUCAGCUCCCUUUAAAUCCGCUGUAGUUCAUUGGCUAGCGUUAGUGGCCGGAGUUAGUGAUAAUGAAUUUACACGGAAGUUAACACAUCUUAGGUUUUCACUUUUCUUAUAUAUAUAUAUAUAUAUACUAGUGAGGGAUAAAAUAACGCUCUUACAGAUUCUUAACACUAGAAGUAACAAUCAAAUAACGCAAAAAUAAAGACAUCACUUUAAAAUAUAGGCCUUUCCCAGAAGCCCAAGGUAUGAAAAUAGUUUUUCCAGCUUUCUGUUCAUGAAAAUGUGCCUUUUAUUUGUACCAAUGGUCUUUAAUCUCUCUCUUUAAAGUGCAAUAGCCAGAAUCUCUCCACGGACGAGGCUCGGACCCUCUGUGGAGCUGGGUUUGGUGACAUAUUGCUGCCUGAGAUUCAUGUAAAACUCCCAUUCAGUUUCCUGAUUUUGUUUAUUUUUGUCUCACAGCCACUGUAACGCAUAGCAGCACAUUCAAACCCGGUCGGAACGGAAUGGGUUAAAGAAAUCAAACAUGCGAGGAAGUCCAAACCAAUGUUUACAGAGUUAAUCUUUGGUUGUAUGGGUUAUCAUUAUUCUGUAUGACUGUUGGCAAUAAAAUGGUGAAUGUG